AUGAGGCCUACUCCUGUAAAGAUCUCACAUCAAAAAGAACCUGGUCAAAAUGAUUUCGAAAUCAAGAAAAAUGAUUGUCAACUGCAGCAUUUAACUCGCUACGCUUUAAUGAAACGAGUUGAUGGAAUUUUUAAAAAUUCGUUUGAUGAUGUGCGUAAAGCAAUCCUUGACAUUAUAAAAAAAGGAGGGUAUGUAUGUACAACUGCAGAUGUGUGGACUGGGGGAUCACGCAGAUUUCUUGGAGUAACAGUUAGUUGGAUUCACCCUGGAUCACUGGAACACAAAUCUGCAGCGAUCGCAUGCAGAAGAUUCUACGGUACGCAUUCAUUUGAUGCUAUUGCGGAACAGUUAUCGGACAUUCACUCUUCUUUCAGGUUAACAGCGCAAUCUAUUCGAGCUACGGUAACGGAUAAUGGGUCUAAUUUUGUGAAAGAUUUCAAAGAGUUUGGAAUAGAAGCGUUAAAUGAUACUUUCGCAGAUAAAUAUAUUUUACGAUCUCCUAAGACUUCCGAAAGUUUAAAAUCUUAUUUAGGAGUUUCACUAAAACGGCCAGUUGUGACUCGGUGGAAUUCCACUUACGAUUGUAUUAAUCAACUUUUAUCGGUUCAAAAUAAACUUUUAGACAACAGCAAAAUCAAUCUCAUGAAUGGUUUCAAGUCUAAAGACUUUAAAUUUCUGGCGGAGUAUGUUCGUUGUUCAAAACCCUUAGCAUGUGCAAUUGAUCGCUUACAAGGAGACAAGUGUUACUAUGGUGUUCUUCUUCCAACAUUAGUUUCCGUAAAAUAUGAAAUGCAGAAAUUAAUUAAUGAUACGACGUUUAUUGAUUUCAAGCCACUUGCUCAAGCAAUAAUCGAUGGAAUUAAUAAGCGAUUUCAAAAAUUAUUUGACCCAUCUCAACCGGAUAUAGAUGCAUUUUUAGCUGCUAUCCCUCACCCACAGUUUAAAGGCCGUUGGUUGACCCCUUUUACUGACGAAGAUCAAAAGAAAAUUCACGAUCGUUUCUCAGAAGUGGUGUCCGCAGAAGCAUCUAUCGACUCAACAGUUGGCAUUACUGAGGAUGAGAUCGAUGAAUUCAACUUCGGAGAAUUUUCUUCAGCGAUUCCUGAAUUUCAACCAGCAUGUAAAUUUUUUAGUAUUAAGUUGAGUUUUACCAAAUUUUUUCUAUCUCUGAAAAAAUAUUCUUCGAUUAAAGAAAAUAUCUAG